UGUCUAUAUAUCCACACACACCUCGUUAUAUAAUAAUAUACAUCCCCCCAAACUCCCCAGACCCCCCGCAAACUCAGCAAAGAGAUCCUCCUUCAUCAUGUUCAAAUCCGCGUCGAUCCUCCGGACCAUCCCUAAAUCCUCUACUUCGUCCAUCGUACGACCCGCCGUAUCUGCCAGAACCAUGUCCACCUCGAUCUCGAGCGAUUUCGGCAACAAGCACAUCACCCCCGGUAUCGGGAGGGUCUCCAACGACCUCGUCAUCGAAAAGGGCAAGGGAACGUGGGUAUGGACGACGGACGGGAAAAAGUGGUUGGACUUUACCUCUGGGAUCGGAGUCACCUGCCUCGGACACGCUCACCCGGCCAUCACCGCCGCCGUGACCUCGCAGGUGGAAAAGAUCUCUCACUCCCAGGUCAACAUCGCUCACUCGCUCUCCCAACUGCAACUCAUCGAAAAGUUGAUCCCUGUCAUGCCGAGUCCCGAACUGGACACAUUCUUCUUUACCAACUCUGGAAGCGAGGCCGUCGAGAACGCCGUCAAGGUCGCAAAGAACUAUACCAACCGACGAGGUGUCGUCGUCAUGCAGGGUAGUUACCACGGAAGGACGUAUGCCACUUCUGCCAUGACCACUUCCAAGACUGUCUACUCCGCUGGCUUCGGUGCUUCUCUGCCCGGAAUCUACCCCACUCCCUUCCCUUAUGCUUCCCAGCUCCACGUCCCCGCUGAUACCCCGGUCGAGAAGAUGACCGAGCUCUCCCUCUCUCACCUCGCUCUCCUGUUCAAGCAGCAGAUCCCCGCUCACGAGGUCGCUUGUAUCGUCAUCGAGCCCGUCCUCGGUGAGGGUGGUUACGUGCCCGCUCCGAAGGAAUGGUUGCAGGGCCUGAGAGAGGUCUGCGACAAGGAGGGAAUUAUCCUCGUUUUCGACGAGGUUCAAUCUGGAUUCGGAAGGACCGGCAAGAUGUUCUACUCGGAAUACUCAGGCGUCGUACCCGAUAUCCAGAUCAUGGCCAAGGGAAUCGCAGGUGGUCUGCCCCUCUCGGCGAUCGUCGCCAAGAACUACGUGAUGAAGGGUCAGAAGCCCGGAAGUAUGGGUGGAACCUAUUCCGGAAACGCCUUGGCCUGUGCCGCUGGGAUGGCCGUGCUGGAGACUUUCGAAAAGGAGAACAUCCUCGACAACGUCAAUGCGAGAUCAGAGCAACUCUUUGCUACUCUGAGGGAGGUACAGCAGUCCGAGUUAACUGGACACAUGAUCCGAGAUGUCAGAGGAGCCGGUUUGAUGGUCGGUGUCGAAUUUACUCCCUUCACCGAACCUCCUUCUGCUGCCUCUAUCAUCUCCGGAGCCGCCGUCGGAGCCAACAAGUCCGAAUCGCAACCCGGCUCGGUACCCCAAAAGGGGGACCAGCGCGUCAAGGACAUCGGUUCGCGCGUCGCUAAAAAGUGUCUAGAGAAGGGCAUGCUCAUCCUCACCACCUCGGUCUUCGACGUCAUUCGGUUCAUCCCCGCUCUGAACGUGACCGAGGAAGAGAUGGCGCUCGCAUGCAAGAUCUUCAAGGAGAGCGUCGAGGAGGUCGCCAGGGAGGGUUAGGCUGCCGGAUUUAGUAAGGCCGAUUGUAAGAUUUUUGUAUUAUCAGACGCACUUGAAAUUGCAUUUGUAUGGAUUGUCGACAGCGGAAAUCGAUAUUGGACUCCAUAUUUACU